AUGUCUUACUACGAACCUCAAGGUUGGCAGGCGCCCGCUGCGCGCCAGGUAUCUUGGGAACAACCUGUUCCCCCGUCGCGUUCGGAGGUGGAUCGUGCUAUCGACAACCUUGUUAAGAGCGGAAAGUUGUGGUCUGCUCCCCGGAGGGACUCGAUGCCCAUGAUGAUGGGCCGUCCGUUUCCCGAAUACGAUCCCCGUGUGUCCAAUACUAUGUCCCAGCGUCACCACUCUAUUAGCGACUUCGACGGAGCCAGGAUGCACCCGAAUCCCAACCUUCAGGGGUUCUAUGCCUCCCAGCGUUUCCAGGGACGCCCAAAUGAAGUAGAGCACAUGAUGCAAGCAAAGCGUCGGAUGGCGGCACAGCGUGAAAGGGAGCUCCGCAACUAUCACCAGGAGCAACAGUACAACCGAAGUACGUGGUAG